GAGAGAGAGAGGGAGAGGAGGAGGAGGAGGAGAGACAGGGGGAGAGGAGAGCUGAUGCCUAAGCGAGUCACUCGGCGGAGGCAAAGCGGGCGGUACCACAACUUCUCGGCGGCGCGGAACGGCGCGGAGCAGCGCGGAAAGGAGCGGAGCUCGCCGGCCGGAUCGCUCCCAUGUCAGGGCGGCGGUGGGAGACUGCACUGCGCUAGCCUGAAGCCACCGGCCUCCCCCCGCUCCUCGCCCAGCGAUGUGUUCACUGCUCUCAGCCUGCACUUGCCUAUGUUUACAUUUCCUGCUGCUGUGCUUUCAGGUACAGAUGUUUGCUGCCGAGGAGAAUGUAGAUUUUCGGAUACACGUGGAGAACCAGACGCGAGCGCGGGACGACGUGAGCAGGAAGCAGCUUCGGCUCUAUCAGCUCUACAGCAGGACAAGUGGGAAACACAUCCAAGUGCUCGGCAGGAGGAUCAGUGCCAAAGGAGAAGAUGGAGAUAAAUAUGCCCAGCUUCUAGUGGAAACAGACACUUUUGGCAGUCAAGUCCGGAUCAAAGGGAAGGAGACAGACUUCUACCUUUGCAUGAACAGGAAAGGCAAGCUAGUGGGGAAGCCCGAUGGCACCAGCAAGGAGUGUGUCUUCAUUGAAAAAGUCCUGGAAAACAACUACACAGCACUGAUGUCAGCAAAAUAUUCAGGCUGGUAUGUUGGAUUCACCAAAAAAGGGAGGCCAAGGAAAGGGCCCAAGACCCGGGAAAACCAGCAAGAUGUACAUUUUAUGAAGAGGUACCCAAAGGGGCAAGUGGAGAUACAGAAACCUUUCAAGUACACAACAGUCACCAAGAGGACUAAGAGAAUACGACCCACCAACCCCAGUUAAAAAUAGACAAAACCAGUGUCACAAUAAGAAACCACAAAAAUGAAAGAAACAAACAAAAAAAAAAACCCGAAAAAAAAACCCACAAAAAAACCCACAAAACGAACAAAAAAAAAAAAAAAACCUAAACAAAAACUGCACCAGAGGAAUAUUUUUACAUUAAAAAUAAGGAAGAAGCUCUAUUUUUGUACAUUGUGUUUAAAAUAAAAAUAAAAAUUAAAAAAAAAAAAACCACAACAAAA